CUAUCUGUACUGUCUAGUCAAAAAUCAUGUACAAAAUGAUUGUCUUUCGCAGCUAUCAUAUAACUGCCAUGCAUGUAGUGUUGGGAGAUCAGUCUUUCUUGGUGCCUAGUUCAGCCUCACAGAACUCCACUGCCUUCUGAAUGUUGGCCUUUAGCUCUGGCACCACCACUUCUGUCAGUUUCUUUCUCUCAUACUCACUCAGUUCUCCCAGUCCCAGGUUCUUCUCUGCACCAUUGGGUCCAAGCAGUAGAGGCGUUGCAAGGUAGCUCAGCUCUGGAAUCACAUCCGAUCUCACAUAUGCAGUUACAACUACAUCUUCGCUCCCUGUCAUAGCUUCGAUCAGUUGACUCACGAAAUAGUACGUCGCACAAGCAAUCGAAAGCGUGGACGAUCCCUUCCCGGCUUUGAGAUUGAUGACCACGUUGGCUGCAUCCUGGAUCUUGAACGUUAGCUCUUCAACUUCUUUCUCCGUGAACGACGUGGCGGGUUUCGUCUGCGACAGCAGCGGUAAGAUGGUCGGUCCGGAGUGACCUCCCACCGAAUGCACAGUAACUUCUUCUACGUCCAGUCCUUUUCGCUCUGCAACGAAGGUGCGGGAGCGGACGCAGUCUAGAGUAUUGAUGCCGAAGAUUCGUCGCUGGUCGUAGCAACCGCGGCUCUUGAACACCUCGGAGAACACGGGAACCAGCGAGUUGACUGGAUUCGAGACGAUGCAAACCAUCGCUCGCGGGCAUAGCUCCGCAGCCUGCUUCGCUAUAGACGUGAUGAUCCGUGCGUUGAACUUGAACAAGUCGUCCCUGGAUUCCCCCGGUCUCUGAGCACGACCUGCUAGCACGACAAGGAUAUCUGCGUCGCGCAGCGGCUCCGGAGGGUCUUUCGUCGGCGGGUGCCCCAGGACGGCUCCGGGCUUGAGGUGGGAGAGAUCGGCCGCUAUUCCCUCUGUACCCACCACGUCCACGACUCCGAGAUCCCCGACCAGUGGAGAGAGCUUCAGUAGCAUGGCCAGCGGCUGCCCGAUUCCCCCCGCGGCGCCCACUACCACCACCUUCGGCUUCUUCUCACUGCUUGACAUUGUCGACGACAAAUCUGCAACCCUGAUUUUUUUCGAAGGCGGAGAACUCGACAUAAUAGGCACUUCUGCACAGAGACGCUCAGGUUAUGAAUGUGAAAGGAGCCCACCCCCUUCCUCUCUCUCAGCCGCUAAGCCCGGAUGCUACAAAACUAUAAUUAAAGCACACUCGUGAACGACCUUCGACCUAGUUUCGUUUCUGAUUGUGGAGCUAGAGCACUCGGCCUGUUUGUUGGACUUAGAGAAAAUUAGAGCAACAUGGCCCGAAACCAGCAAAAAGCAAUGUUGCUGCUCAACCGUUUCUAUGACAUGCAGCAGGGCAAAGGGGAAUUCAGACCAAAGGCAAAGAGACCACACCUGGCAACAGACUGUGAUGACGCGAAGAAGGCAGAGAGGUGGAGGGUUCAAGUCGUCAGAGAAAUCUCCAGGAAAGUCUCUCAGAUUCAAAACCCUGGUCUUGGUGAGUUCAGGAUCAGAGAUCUGAACGAUGAGAUCAACAAACUCCUGAGAGAAAAGAGACACUGGGAGGAACGCAUCGUGGAGCUCGGGGGAACCGACUAUAUAAAAACUGGGCCAAAGAUGUUGGAUCACGAGGGGAAGUCCCUCCCAGGGAACAGGGGAUACAAGUAUUUCGGUGCAGCGAGGGAUUUGCCUGGAGUCAGAGAUCUGUUUGAACAAGCACCGCUCAAGGCAGCCCGAAAGACGAGGGGCGAACUGGCCAAGAUGGUGGACGCAGACUACUAUGGCUACAGAGAUGAGGAUGAUGGAGUCAUUGUCCCUCUGGAGCAAGAGAGAGAGAAACAAGCUAUAGCAGAGGCAGUGGAAGAGUGGCAGGAGUUGAAGGAGGAAGGGAAACUGGGGGCAGAGGAGGAAGAGGAAGAGGACAUUUAUGCUGAAGCUAGAAUGGCAGAUCAGGCAGCAGCAGAGGGGAGUGGUGAUGAGGAAGAGAUGGAAGGGAUAGACACCGGGGAGAGUAUCAUGUCUCAUAUCAGUGUCCCCUCACAACAAGAGGUUGAAGACAUGUUGGUGAGAAGAAAAAAGACGGAGCUACUGGAGAAGUACACGAGUGAGACACUACAGCAGCAGGCCGAGGAGUCUAAGGCCCUGAUGGGAUAUAGCUGACCAUCCAACACCUCUCCCUAGGAACUGUAUACACUUCAGCUACUGUCAUAGCUGCACUUGGUAACAGGCACUUCUUCCUCACUCCCCACCCUACUGCUGGCUGAAAAGUUAUUGGUCAACAUACAAUAGGACAGAAAUGUGUAUGUAUGUGUUGUACGUCAUCUUUGGCACAGAUUAAAUGUCAAUCAUAAUGCAUUGUGUACUGUUCAUGUUGGGCUAACAUAAUAAAUCUUAUGUUCUAUUUUGUGAUAGUGUUUAUUUGUGUUGUGGAGUUUCUAUUGAUCAGAUUUCAUUGUUUUGAUCGGUGACGUUCAAUAUUCACCAUUUAAUUGUGUGAAAAUAUAAUUAUUGUUAUGACAAUGAGUGCUGCCCGUCGAGUGACAACGGAAUUAUGCAUUACAAUUAGGCCCUAUUUGGAGGCCCACUGAGAUUGACUAUUAGUUAUUUACUACACUGAAUGCUUGUCAGGCAAACAGAAUUCAGGACGAGUGGAUCUGAGGGAGUGACAUUGGAUGAAUGUUGAAUGAACUAUGGAAGGAGCGAGUCUGUUGAUAAGGGUGACAAUUAUGUCACUAUGAUGUAAUGGGAGGG